GGUAAAUAGAAUUAUCUAUGUAAAUAAAAUGAAGAAAGAAGGAAAAGUUCUGAUGAACGCAAGAAGAUAUUCAAGAUUCCUCGAAAUUUGGUAUUAAUCAAAAAGUCGGAUGAGAAAAGCAAGUCCAGAAGGUGGCAGAAGUAAAAAUGAGUGCGGAGGUGGAGAGACAGCUGUCGCCCGCAGUUGGCAACGAGUCGUCCGCGUCGAAUGUGAGCCGAUACGUAGAUCGUCAAACCGUACGAACGUGUCAGAAAGAUUUACCUUGUCCUUUAUCACUAACAGUACCCUUAGAGGGCAAGAUUCGUAGAUACGAGAAUGGUUCUCUUUUUCACAAGGAUACUUUAUACCCCACCAAUUUAUACUGGACCGAAAACAAUUCCAUACGAGGAUGUAUCUGCGAGCUACGGCCGUGUCUGAGAAAAUGCUGUCAAGACGGGGAGGUUCUCAGCGACGGCGAAGCACCGAAUUGUACGAAGUUACAAAAUUACAACGUUCUUCCGGAUUUACGACUGAAGAACGACCAACUGACAUCUGAAAUUCAAAAUAUAUCGAACAUUGCCAACCAUUUUGCUAUUUUGCGUAAUAGAAUAUGUCCGAAUAAAAGUUACAUACUGGAGCCGGAAAAGUACGAAGAGGAUAAGUUUACGAUCGAAGCCAAUGGUAUUCUUAGAGACGGAAAAAGCAUUUACCCACAAUGGAAGUAUUGCAUUGAUUGGCAUCAAUCUUUGAAGAAGAUUAUCGUUUUAAUAUGUUUUCAAUCAGAAGAGGAACUACCGUUACUUACCACUCAAAUAUAUCCAAUUAUGACGAUAGUGUCUAUACCUUUCCUCAUCAUUACUUUUGUGGUUUACGCCAUCAUACCAGAACUUCGAAAUAUUUAUGGAAAAACUCUUAUGUGCUAUGUUGCUUGUCUCACGAUAUCCUACUGUUUUCUCAUCAAUUCACAAUUCAAGUAUUUGCCUCAUGAUGUCUGCAUACCCGUAGCUUUCUUUAUGUAUUUCUUCUUUUUGGCAAGUUUUUACUGGUUGAACGUCAUGUGUUUUGACAUUUGGUGGACAUUUGGAGGAUUUCGAGCAUUAAGGGGCAGUAUGAAACAAAGAGAUCAAAAAAAAUUUAUAAUAUACUCUAUUUAUGCUUGGGGAGUUGCAUCGUUAUUCACAGGUAUAUGCUUGAUUAUGGACUUUGCUCCUAAUAUACCAGAAGGUUCUAUUCGCCCACAAUUGGGAGCGGAAAGAUGCUGGUUUAAAUAUAACACAGCGACGAAUAUUUAUUUUAUUGGACCUAUGACAAUAUCAGUUUUCUGCAAUCUAUGUCUAUUUAUCUCAACUGCUUUAAAGAUUCAACAACAUAAAAGAGAUACGGCUCAUCAUUUAAGAAGUAGUGAAAGUAGACGCCAUGACGAUAAUAAGCAAUGGUUCAAUUUGUACUUGAAGCUGUUCAUUGUAAUGGGUAUCACCUGGUCAACGGAAAUCAUAUCCACGUUAUGGAAAGGAUCUGAUAAUUAUAUUUGGUACAUAACAGACGUGGUGAAUACUCUACAGGGUUUGAUCAUUUUUAUAACGCUCGUUUGCAAAGAAAAAAUUAAGCGUUUAUUACUUAAAAGAUUUGGAUAUAACGAUAAUAAAUUUUUUUCGGGAAACUCUACUCGCAGCGUUUAUCACAGCUCAGCGUCUCGUACUACUUGUACAACAUCAAGUGGUUUACCUCUUCAAGAUAAAGUCAAUGCAAAUAUUCGACGUGAAGCAUUUGGCACGAGUAAAGAAAGUGCCGAAGAAAGCGAUUGUCCUUAAAAUAUACAAUAAUAGUGAUCGAAUAUUAUAAAAAAUCAGUUAUGAUCUAUAAAAUACGUUCGUUGAUGAGAACGUAUAUUCUUGAUGGAUGAUAGAUGAUUAUCCAUCUCGCAAGAAAAAAUUGCCGACAGGCUUAAAGAAAUGAGAGACGAUUUUUACUUCGAAAAUAAGUUAUUCUCUCUUUAAAAUCAUAUACACUCACAUGCACGCUUUUUAUCUCUUAUUCCAUUUUUCAUUUUUCUUCAAACCCAUUUAUUUUCCUUUUAUAUUUCAUAAUCUCAUUAAUUUAUGAUAAAUAAUGAUAUAUCGUGACAUUAGAAUAAAGAGGAUGGAAUCCGUGAAGAAUUAGACUAUAACUUAUAUUAAAAGAAUUGAAUAUUACGAAGUGCUUGGAACAAUUUUUUAAAUAAAAAAUCAUUAAUAAACAAUGCAUUACAUAGUGAUCGAUCUAUUAUUACAGUUAUUAAAUUUGAUGACAAAGACACAUUAUACUUAUAAAACUUGUACACAUGUAAACUUCGUACACUUGGAUAAAGAUAUAUAUCUAAAGUGUAUCAUUCUUUACUAUAUACUUUGAAUCUCUAUAUAUUUAUUACUAUUAAAUAAAUGUGAUGCUAUUAGUGCAUUUAAAGUAUUGUAUAACAAAUUAUCUAAUUAUUCUUGCAAUAUCUCUAUAACGUAGAAAUAAUUCGUUUUUACUAAUCGUUUUACCUACAUAGUCUACAAAAAUUGAAACUAUAAUAAAAUAUAGUAGUUAAAAAUCCUAACAAGUAUGUACUUAUACUUUUAAUGAAAAUAGUCGUAAAAUUUUCAUUAGUAGAUUUCAUAGAGUUCAUUAUUCAUCAUAUCAGCUUCCAUAUUAUCUUUUACAUGAAUUUACGUCAUUGAUAAAAUAUAAAACAUGAUUUUAUAUUAUAAAACAUCUCUGUUCAUACAAUUGUCAUGUUUAUACAUUUAUUUUAAAUAUUUAUGAAGUAAUAAAAGUACAUUUUCUUUAUC